AUGGAAAACAGUGACAGUGAUGAAGAUUAUGACUUGUUGCUAAGGAUUGUGAUACAACGUCGAAAGAAGAUAGUACAAUGUCGUCCGAAUUUCUUUACUCUUUACGAUGAAAAAGACUUUCGAGAACGUUUUCGUUUAUGCAAGCAAGCCGCAAGAGAUGUUUUGGAACUUAUUAGACCCAAUAUACAACAUGCGACAACCUGGAACAAUUCGUUGUCCCCAGAACACAUGCUGGCCAUUGCAUUGAGAUUUUAUGCAACAGGAAGUACACAACAACUGAUGGCAGAUGCGGCCGGUGUAUCUAUAAGCACUGUAUCGAGAGUUAUUACUCUCGUUUCACAUGAAAUUGCACGAUUGCGUAAACAAUUUAUUCAGUUCCCAGUAGCUAUAAAAGAAAUACGCAAAACACAAAAAGAUUUUUUUAUGGUUUCGAAAUUCCCUCGUGUGAUCAGUGCGUUGGAUUGCACACACGUGAAGAUUCAAUCUCCAGGAGGAGAUCAUGCAGAGUUAUUUCGUAACAGAAAGAACUUCUUUUCGUUUAAUGUACAAACAAUGUGCGAUAGCAAGUUAAAGAUUUUGGAUGUCGUAGCUAGAUGGCCGGGAUCCACUCAUGAUUCUACGAUUCUUCGGAAUUCCAAAAUUGGCGUUCGUUUGCAAUCAGGGGAAUUUGAAAAUGCAAUAGUGCUGGCGGACAAAGGCUACGAAAAUAAUGAUCGUGUUUUAACACCGCUUCAUUCAGUCACUAACGAAGCUGAAAGUUUAUACAAUGAAUCCCAUAUAAGAACAAGAAACGUUGUCGAACGUUCCUAUGGAGUUUGGAAGCGCAGAUUUCCAGUUCUAUCCCUAGGAAUUCGGGUUGCAUGUAAAAAGGUUCAACCGAUUAUUGUCGCCACAGCGAUUUUGCACAACAUCUGCUUACUACAUCACGAUUCUGAAGCACCUUCGUUGCCUCCAGAAGUUGAUCAACAAAUCAUUGCGGCAUUAAACAUUCCAAACAACAGAGGCUCCAACGGCCGCAUCGAAAAAAAUGCAGUUAGAAAUGAUAUUAUUAACGGGUAUUUUUCAACUCUGUAA